CGGGUGGGUAGCAACAGUUGCCCCGGUGAGGACGAGGCGCCAUAGCCACGGUAGCCCUGGCGACAAGAACCCAGCAACGAGAAUCAACAACAACAGCCCGAAUCCUUGAAAAAAAUAAAAAGCAAAAUUACCGGUGGGAAAUUCACGCCGAUUCAGAGUGGAUCCCAGAGUAAGUGAUGGCCACAUCAGGCUACGUGGGGGAGUUGCAGCCAACCAGCCAGCCUCAAGGUACAGGUGUAAGUGUGACAACGGGACAGACAUCCACCUCAGACCCCUCCACACCGCAGUUCCUGGCUGAGAUUCAGACCACAGUGACCACCCAGCCUACAGCAGCACCUGCAGGACAAACCACUCCUCCUGACCAGGCCCCUCCCACACCCUCUCAGAACACCACUCCGCCCGCUCAGACUCAGUAUGUGACUGCAGAGAUCCAGAGUUCCCCCACGCAGUCUGGGAAUUCCCAGAGCACACCUCAGUACAUCGUUGUCACGGUCACAGAGGGGUCUCUCCACUCCAGUGACUCAGUGUCUGACUCCAGCCCCCCUCCAGCCGUGGUGCAGACUGGGGUUCCCACUCAGGUUGUGCAGCAGGUUCAGACAGCCCAACAGAGGUCAGUGGUACAGACCACCUCUCAGAUAGCCAAGACUGAACCUGGCACCCAGCUCAAUGUCACCAACCUGCAGCCUGUCCACCUGACCCAGGAGGUGCAGCAGCAGUUGCAGCAGGUUCCAGUACAGCAUGUGUACACCAACCAGGUUCAAUAUGUGGAAGGAGGAGACACCAGCUACACCACCAGUACCAUUCGUUCUGGCAGCUUCUCCUACACAGACACCCCUCUGUACACCCAGACCACUGCUGCCCCCUACUACGAAGCCCCUCCCUCCUCCGGGUCACCGGCCACCACCCCAGGGACCCCAUUGACUGUGUCCGUGACAACGGGCUCAGCGGGUGUGUCCAUGUUCGUGGCAGGGACGGGCCAGAUCGUGGCUAACCCUACCCCCACCGCCGGGGGAGGGGCCACGGUGGUGACCACUGGAGGCACGGCCAACGGGUCCGGGGAAGGGGCAGGGGCCAACGGUGGCGGGGGCAGCUAUGUGAUCCAGGGGGGGUACAUGCUGGGGGGAGGCGGUGGGGGCAGCAACAGUCAGAGCUACUCACACAACGCCCGUGCGUCUCCUGCCACUGUGAGUAUUACAGAGGGAGAGGAGAGUAGCGUGCCGUCGGCAGACAAAAAGUCCUCCUGUGUCUCUCUGCCUCCUGGCCAGGUACAGUGGUUACUGGAUAACUACGAGACAGCAGAAGGAGUCAGCCUGCCUCGCUCCACCCUCUACUGCCACUACCUGUUGCACUGCCAGGAGCAGAAACUGGAGCCGGUCAACGCCGCCUCGUUCGGCAAACUCAUCCGCUCGGUCUUCAUGGGGCUGCGGACGCGGCGUCUGGGAACACGGGGUAAUUCUAAGUACCACUACUACGGCCUGAGGAUCAAGGCCAGCUCGUCUCUCAUCAGACUGAUGGAGGACCAGCAGCACCUGGCCAUGAGGCAGCAGCCUUUCUCCCAGAAACAGAGGUUGAAGCCGGUGCAGAAGGUGGAGGGGAUGACCAAUGGCACGGCAGCAGGCUCAGGCCAGCAGCAGCAGGGGGCGGGGCUCUCUGACAUCAGCGCCCAAGUGCAGCAGUACCAGCAGUUCCUGGAUGCAUCGCGAGCGCUCCCAGAGUUCCCUGACAUCGAUCUGCAGGGGAAAGCCCUGCCGGAGGACAUAGAGCCAGAGCACAUCAAAGGCUUCCAGCUGCUCUAUCGGGAACACUGUGAGGCCAUCCUGGAUGUGAUGAUCAAUCUGCAGUUCACCCUGGUGGAGACCUUGUGGAAGACCUUCUGGAGGUUCAGCCAGAACCAGGCUGGAGACUCAGUCACACUUGCCGUGCAUGACGAGUCAGAGAAGCGUCUGCCCAAGUCCUGCCUGGUGAUCCUGUGUAAGUAUGACCCGGUGCUGCGCUGGAGCCGUGACUGUGACAACACGCUGUACCAGGCCCUGGUGGAGAUCCUCAUCCCUGACGUGCUGCGCCCCAUCCCCAGUGCCUUAACUCAAGCAAUCCGCAACUUUGCCAAGAGUCUGGAAAGCUGGCUGACCAAUGCUAUGAUGAACAUCCCAGAGGAGAUGGUCCGCAUCAAGGUGACCUCUGCCAGUGCGUUCGCCCAGACCCUGCGGAGGUACACCUCCCUCAACCACCUGGCCCAGGCGGCCCGUGCCGUUCUCCAGAACACCGCCCAGAUCAACCAGAUGCUCAGCGACCUCAACCGCGUGGACUUUGCCAAUGUGCAGGAGCAGGCAUCAUGGGUGUGCAGGUGUGAGGACCGCGUGGUGCAGCGGUUGGAGCAGGACUUCAAGCUGACCCUGCAGCAGCAGAACUCCCUGGAGCAGUGGGCUUCCUGGCUGGACGGUGUGGUCUCCCAGGUCCUAAAGCCCUACCAGCACAGCGCCGCCUUCCCCAAGGCCGCCAAACUCUUUCUGCUGAAAUGGUCCUUCUACAGCUCCAUGGUGAUCAGAGACCUGACCCUGCGUAGUGCUGCCAGCUUUGGCUCCUUUCACCUGAUCCGGCUGCUCUACGACGAGUACAUGUACUACCUGAUAGAGCACAGGGUGGCCCAGGCCAAGGGAGAGACACCCAUCGCUGUCAUGGGCGAGUUUGCCAGUCUGGGCAGGAGUUUGAACCCCUUGGAUCCUGACAAAGAAGAGGAAGAGGAGGAGGAAGAGGAGAGCGACGAUGAGAGCCAGGAGCUGUCUCUCCCCUCUGACGGGGCGGGGCUGGGGGAGGAGUCACUGGAGCCCCCAGCUAAGCUGGCCAGAACCGACCAGAGAGUGCUCUUCUCCACAGGCUCGACAGACUGAGCACACACACACACACCCUGUCUCUCUCUCUUUGAUUAACUCUAACCACUCGCUUUAUGUACAGUCAUACACAAACAUCAGCACACUUAUAAGACACUAAUUUGUACAUAAACACUCACAUGCAGAUGCUAUAUACACACACAAACACACUCAGAGAGAAAAGUGCUGCGGUCAAGCAAAAAUGGGCCCCGCCAGUGUACUCGUACACGCACACACACAUACUCAUACAGACACACAAGCCAGUCCCACAACUGCCCACUGUCACUGCUUAAAGCACAGACUCAAAGGCACAAUUGGGCGCACAAUCACUGGCAUAGUUGUCAUUGGGAACAGGGUGCUCCUCCAACAAAGAUUGAAACUUAGAACCUGUAAGAACCAGGAAGUGAGGAUAAACAUGUAUCACCUGGUGUCUCCUUGUGUGUGGAGUAAGAUAAGCAGGGUGGCUCUACCAGAAUGAAUAGCAGGGGUCUGUUCCUCUGCAAGAUAUGGCGGGACUGCUCAGAGCAGCAUUCUGGACAGGACACCUAGCCUUUUGCUCCCCUUCAAUAGCUGCUCCUGCUGACACCAAGUGUCCCAGGAAAUGUGGACGUUUUGGGAGAAGCUGAGGGAGGUAUUGAGGCGUCUAAAGUAAACGUCCGCUCUUAAGUGGCCCACCUCGCUGUCGCUCCCAUGUCAAUCAACCCCCCCUCCCCCCAGAGCCAAUCAGAAGAAGAUGGGCCUGCAGGUGUCAGCAGACUGUAAUUGAGUCGCUAGUGUGUGUAAUUUGUAAUGUGUUGCCUGUGUGCUUGUGUGUGCACUGGGGUCUCGCUGCUGUGCUGUACUUCUAGUUUGAGUGAACGUAUGGUUUUUGUGCUGUUGGUGUGUCUGGUUGUAUGACUGCGUUAGUUUGUGCUUCAUACGAUGUGUUGACUGUUUCUUUGGUGGAUAUUUUCAAAGGCAUUCUGCUGUAUAUCAGUUUGGGAGAGUGUUCUUUUAGAGUUUCUUGUUAAACAUGGUUGAUUUGGUUUGCCUUUGUUUUCUUUUUACGAGUGUCUGGGGUCUAAAGGUUCCUGUCCUAUCCAUUCACACUCUCAUGAACCAUCCUUUAAAAGGUGUUUUCAUUUCAACCCCUGGAGCCAUGAAAAAGUUCUCCUAAUUUCUUAACUGCACGAUACCCUUCACAACAUGUGAAGGGUAGCUCCUCAAGAAGGACUUUGUUCAUUGUGUGUGUUCCAUCUGUUGCCUUUCUUUGUACAGAUACAUCCAUUUUAUCGUUUUUCUGUGUUUUGUCCCCGAUUUCUGUGCCAAAUCUGUUUCAUUCAGUAUGUCUGCCUUUUUUUUCUUUUUCAUUUGUCUGUGUUCCUGAGGAGGACUGUUCUUGACAGAGUUCUAUCAAAAUAUAUCCAAUCCUUCUAAUUCUGUUGUGUCACUAAGUGAACCUUUGUAUGGUGAUGUGGUAUCACACACUGCAAGUAUCCUUUUGUGUGUAUUUAUUGAAUGUUUAAUUGAGUUUGAGCCCUACAUUCGAUGUAAGUCCUAAUACAGUCAAUCUACACAUACAUCCAGUACACAGGAUAUAAAACUGCUGCUUCUUUGCACAGUCAAUGAUAGUCAGAUGAGAUUAUCUGUCACAGGGUGACUUUUUUUCAACCUCAAAAAUUCCCUGUGGUACUGUGUGGCACAUGUGUGAGAUACGUGUUUAUGGCCACAGGUGUCAGAUUGCAUGUGAAAGUCCCUGUGUGCACGUGCCAGUAUGCUGCAGUCAAAGGGCUUGGUGUGAUUCCGAGAAUGCUGCUCUUUCUGUACAGUCCUCCACCCACUUCAUCCUUUGUGUCUUUGAACCGUACACGGCCCUCCUGCCAAUGUGUUUUUUUCCGUUUCUUCCAACAGUCAUAUUCAUAAAACAUUGCCCUACCGCCGUUUGUCAUUCAAAAUCAUACAAGUGAAUAUUUCCAGAUUUGAUUUCCUAUUUGUGGCUGCGAUGCCCUCUCGGAGAUUCAUUGUGAGGUAUCAACCAGCAUGUUUUUAAUCUCUGAGGAGCUUACUGGUACUAUCGCUGAUGUGACAUAUCACUCAAAAGACGAUCUCUGAAUAUGGCCAUGUUUUUCCAGACUAAAAUGUGUUAUCAUUUUUAUAUUGUUCGAUUUCUUAUGUAGAAAAAACAGUGAAAGUGGCAGUGUUUCAUGAAUUUGAUCAGUUACAAGAAUGACUGUGCCUUUGGAGGUUGUAGAAUGCGAUUCAGAUGUUUUUAAUUUGAAAAUAUAUAAAUUAAGAGUUUUUAAAAUUGCUA